GGUUUUCCUGCUCAUCCGUGGAAAGCAUGAAGUUGUUAAUUCUGGUGGCUCUGUUUGGGCUGAGCCUUGCCCAGCACAACCCCCACACCAAGCAGGGCAGGACCUCCAUCGUCCACCUGUUUGAGUGGCGCUGGGCGGACAUCGCUGCAGAGUGCGAGCGCUUCUUGGGUCCCAAUGGCUUUGGUGGAGUUCAGAUCUCUCCUCCAAACGAGCACAUUGUGCUGAACAAUCCCUGGAGGCCCUGGUGGCAGAGAUACCAGCCAAUCAGCUACAACCUGUGCUCCAGGUCUGGCAGUGAGGACGAGUUAAGAGACAUGAUCACCAGAUGCAACAACGUUGGGGUCAACAUCUAUGUGGACGCUGUCGUCAACCACAUGUGUGGCACCGGUGCUGGAGAGGGAACCCACUCUUCAUGUGGAAGCUGGUUCAGUGCUACUAAGAGGGACUUCCCCAGUGUCCCAUUUUCCUCCUGGGACUUCAAUGACAACAAAUGUAGGACUGGCAGUGGCGAGAUUGAGAACUAUAGUGAUGCCAAUCAGGUGCGUGACUGUCGUCUGGUUGGUCUGUUGGACCUCGCCCUGGAGAAAGAUUACGUCAGGGGCAAGGUGGCCGACUUCUUGAACAAGCUCAUUGACAUGGGUGUGGCUGGAUUCAGAGUGGAUGCCGUCAAGCACAUGUGGCCCGGUGACCUGGAAGCUAUCUACAGUCGUCUGCACAACCUAAACACCAAGUGGUUCCCUAAUGGCUCCAGACCCUUCAUCUUCCAGGAGGUUAUUGAUCUGGGAGGUGAGGCUAUCACAGUUAGAGAGUACUUCCAUCUGGGAAGGGUCACUGAGUUCAAAUAUGGUGCCAAACUGGGAACUGUCUUCAAAAAAUGGAACGGCGAGAAGCUGUCUUACACAAGGAACUGGGGAGAGGGAUGGGGUUUCAUGCCCAACGGCAAUGCUCUCGUCUUCAUUGACAACCAUGACAACCAGAGAGGCCACGGUGCUGGUGGUGCAGCCAUUGUUACCUUCUGGGAGCCCAGGCUCUACAAGAUGGCUGUUGCCUACAUGCUGGCUCACCCUUAUGGAGUAACCCGGGUGAUGUCUAGCUUCCGCUGGAACCGCCACAUUGUCAAUGGAAAGGAUGAGAAUGACUGGAUAGGCCCCCCCAGCCAUAGUAAUGGAUCUACAAAGUCUGUUCCCAUCAACCCAGACCAGACUUGUGGAGACGGCUGGGUGUGUGAGCACAGAUGGCGUCAGAUCAAGAACAUGGUUAUUUUCCGUAACGUAGUCAACGGACAGCCUCACUCCAACUGGUGGGACAAUGAAAGCAACCAGGUCGCCUUUGGACGUGGCAAUCGUGGUUUCAUCAUCUUUAACAAUGAUGACUGGGAUCUGAAUGUGACCCUGAACACUGGCAUGCCUGGCGGAAUCUACUGUGAUGUAAUUUCUGGCCAGAAGGAAGGAAACAGGUGCACUGGAAAGCAGAUCAAUGUUGGUGGUGAUGGCCGCGCCCAUUUCAACAUCAGCAACAGAGAUGAGGACCCCUUCAUUGCUAUUCAUGCUGAUUCCAAGCUGUAAACGCAUCCUGUGCAUCUUAAAAUAAAGCGUAUUGUUCAGCAGAA